AAAUAGAUAAAAGCUGAUCUUACCCUCUUAUCCGAAUGGGACGGGAAUGAGAUGUUGAGAAGAGAAGAAGCACCGCCCCUUUCUCUCUUAUUUUCUGAAUGAAAGAAUGAAGGAAUGAACCAAUAGCCGUUACCGUUACUCACUCCUUCUGUCUUCGAUUCCGCAUUCUAUCCUAUCACAUGACAUGAGACCCCCCAAUAACAUUCACGCCCUUACACUUUCAUUUAUUAUCAUUAUUUAUUAUCCAAAAUAAAACGCUACUGCUACUACCUUUUUCUUCUUAUCCUUAUUUAAUCAAUCAGCCUUGGGUUCGGAGGGAGAAUGUCGUGUUUAUUGCCACAAUUCAACUGCCACCCCGAUACUUUCAGAACUCCUCUUCCUACCCACCGCCAUCAUCUUAUUCUUCUUCUUCAAACCAAAACAAGACACAAUUUGUAUUUCCGCCCACAAUGUAUUUUGUCUGCCGCACCUCCUUCAACUUCUGCACUCAUUGAUUUCGAUGUUGCUGCUGCUGCUGCUGCUGCAAACUCACCUAAUUGGCCCUAUGUCGCUCAGGCACACUUUAAAGCAACCUCAUCUGCAGAAUCACUUCUUACUAAUGAAGAGGCUGUAAUAGCUGCUGCUGCUUCUGAAGCUCUUACUCUUGCUAAAGCAGCUGCAAAGGUUGCAAAGGACGCAGCUCUAUUAGUUAAAAAGAAGCCCCUGCAAGAAGCUGGGUUUAAAUCGCAACUUCCUUCCACGCCUGAUAAUUUUCUUCUCAAAUGGGUUCAACACAUGGAAGCACAAGAAGCUGUAGCAGGAGGAGGAUCCGUGAGCAAUGGAGCAGAAAUAUUGGAAGAUGUUGACAUCAGCCCCAACCAGGAGGAGUUGGAUGAGGAGGAGCCUACCUGUGAGGAACUUGAAAAUUCCGAGGAACAGCUUUCCGAUAGUAUAGAUGCAAGAUCUGGGCGCCAAACAGAAAGAAAAGCCAGAAGAGUCAGAGCAUCUGGGAAAGCUGCUACAAAUAUUGUGUCUUUUAAGUCUGGAUCCACCAGCAGGAAAAGGCGUGUUCGUACGCAAGAAGUAGACUAUUCUGAUCCACUGCGUUACUUAAGAACAACAACUAGAACUACACGGCUUCUUACUCCAGCCGAAGAAAUUAAGUAUUCUGAAGGAAUACAGGACUUGAUAAAGCUUGAAAAACUCCAAGACGAUCUUGUAGAAAAAUGUGGGGGCGAGCCCACAUUUGGUCAAUGGGCUACACUGGCAGGGGUAGAUCAGAAAACCCUAAGAAAACGUUUAAAUUAUGGUGUAUUUUGCAAAGAAAAAAUGAUUAAAAGCAAUAUACGACUUGUGAUAUCAGUUGCUAAAAAUUAUCAGGGAUCUGGGAUGAGUCUUCAAGAUCUAGUCCAGGAAGGAUGCCGCGGCCUUGUAAGAGGUGCAGAGAAGUAUGAUGCUUCUAAGGGUUUUAAGUUCUCAACCUAUGCUCAUUGGUGGAUUAAACAGGCAGUUCGGAAAGCACUUUCUGUUCAGUCAAGAACUAUUCGUUUGCCAUUCCACAUGGUGGGAGCAACAUACAAAGUGAAGGAGGCAAGAAAACAACUGUACAGUGAAAAUGGAAGACAGCCUGACGAUGAAGAAGUUGCCGAAGCUACUGGGCUGUCAAUGAAGAGGCUUAGUGCUGUACUUUUGACCCCAAAAGCUCCCAGAUCUUUGGAACAGAAGAUUGGGAUCAACCAGAGUCUUAAACCUUCAGAAGUACUUGCUGAUCCUGAAGCUGAAACGGCUGAAGAGCAGUUGAUUAAGCAAUUCAUGAAAAAGGACCUGGAAAAGGUACUGGACAGUCUGAAUCCAAGAGAGAGACAAGUGAUUAGAUGGAGAUUUGGUAUGGAUGAUGGAAGGAUGAAAACCCUGCAAGAGAUAGGGGAAAUGAUGGGUGUGAGUAGGGAGAGAAUUAGACAAAUUGAGUCCUGUGCUUUUAGGAAGCUUAAGAACAAGAAGAGAGCCAAGCAUUUGCAGCAGUAUUUGGUUUCAUAAUCAUAACACCACCAAAUAUUGAUGUUAAUCCGCUGGAUGAGUUAGCUUAUAUGAUGCUCUUUGUUCUUAUAUGUAUAUGUUCUUCAUUGUUCAAUAUUAUUUUCAGUAUACUAGGAAUCAGGAAAUGUAUGUAAACACAAGCGAAUAACUUUUUGACAAAGAGUUGACCAUUUUUUUAAUGUACGUGAUUUAUUCGAAAGUC